CAAUAAUAGAAUAAUCCAUGGAUCAUCUUUCUCAUCAAUAACAGAUAAACCAUGGAUCAAUGUCAAUUCAUCUGAUAUCACGGACGGAGAGUCGGUGAAAGUGCUCUGUGGAGUUCCCAUUGAUUACACUGGAGGCUUCUGUCGCCUCUACAGAGAUAAAAGCAAGACCCCUUUAAAAAAAUUGCAGACUAACUCCUAUGUUUGCGAGUUCUUGAUGUCCUCUCGUGAACUCUUGGCUGGAAGACCAGUAGGGACCAGAACAACUGUUCGAUGUGACUACACUUUGCAAAACUAUGUGUCCGUGUCAAGUGACAAUAGCGUAGUGGUGGUGUGGGGCAUUGCUGAAAAGCCAGCACUGACAAUGAGUCCACAGGUGGUUAUGCUUGGUGGCAGGGUCCACAUGCACUGUAAAGCCCCUCGAUACGAGGCUUCUGAAUGUAAGGUGUACAGGGACACAUCGUACUUGAGUGACGUCCCAUGCAGGCAUCAGAUAAAGGCGGAAACCCUGAUGCGGUGGGGGCCCAUCUCCUUAUUCAAUGAGAUCUCUAUUCAUUGCAAAUACACUGAGGAAGGACGGGAGUACUUUCAAACAAAUCCAAGUGAUGCCAAGAAGAUAUUAGUAGUGGAUCCCUCAAAGUUGCCGAUUUCCUCAGACCAGACAAAUGGCACAUUUGUCUGUGAGGUCCCAGCCCGUGUUCAGGACUUUGUGCUGCUGCACACAGGCAAUAAGACCCUCAACCUGGAGAUGGGUGGCAAACUCGUGCUUGAAGCCAUAAAUAACAGCACAGGCCCAUUUAAUCAGACAUGUCUAAGCAUUUAACCUGUCUACUAUGUAUAUACUGGCAUCUGCCAGCAAAUGAAUAGACCAUAGCUUACAUAGGUAUUAGGUAGUCUGUUCAUUUUAAAUGGCUGGCAUACUGACAUGCUUCUGUGCAAAAGUUUGCAACAAUGCAGGUAUUGAUCGUAAUGGGAGAGAACAAUGAAUGUUAAUUUUGGAAACAAUGCCAUGGAGGAAAUUGUGCCAAUUUCUGUUAGCUUCUGACAAGAAAUCUCCAUAAAUACCUUUGAACAA